GAACACGAUUUUUAAAGGUAGCUUUCAAGGAUUGUUUGGGUCCGUUUUCUUCCAAAUGAAUUUGUCAUCUUAUGUAAAAGGGGCUGUAGUUGGGAGUACCACCAUGUUGUGUAGGAGAUGCUCAGUCCUAACCUCAUCCACACUGGAAGAUUUCUCACAUAUGCAGAAACGAUACAUGAAGAGCUGGAAGAAAAGAGUGCAGGUGAUUGAGGAAAGGAAAGAACAAGUAUUUCAAUAUGUGAGAGACAAUGCUAAGCCUACAGAGAGACUGUAUGUAUGGGGCUGUGCGACUACAGGGUCUCUUGGUAUAUCAUCGUACCUUAAGCCAGUAAAAGGACAGAGUUUCAUGCAGUGUAUGAGGAGACCAGCACGGCUUAAAUUCUUUGACAAUUAUGAUAUCAAGGUUACAGAAGCAGCCUGUGGAUAUGGAUUUACUAUAUUUCUGGCAAAAAAAGGAAAAGAACAUUGUGUGUUUGGAACUGGGAUCAACACAAACUCGCAGAUAGGAUUUCAUAGAAUACAUAAUGACAAAGGAAAAGGACUUGAUUACAUCAUAGAACCAAUAAAGAUUGAUGUUCCGUUUGAUAACCCAGACACCACUAGAGUGACGCAGGCUGCCUGUGGACGUGCCCAUACGAUCUUACUAACAAACAAUGAAGGAGCUUUCAGUUUGGGAAACAAUGCAUAUGGCCAGUGUGGGAGAACCAUUGUAGAGGGAGAACUUUACAGGUACAGCUCACAGAUACAACAGAUUAGGGAUUUACCUGACAAUGUCACAAAGGUUGUCUGUGGACAAGACCACACCUUGUUUCUGACAAAGGCAGGAGAGGUAUACAGCUGUGGUUUGGGAGCUGAUGGACAGACAGGUUUAGGUCAUUAUAACUGUGAACAUCGGCCAACCCUAGUACAAGGUGACCUUCAGGGUGUCAAGGUCAAGGACAUCGGUGGUGCCGCUGACUGUGUACUAGCUGUGUCAGAACAAGGAGAACUGUUUGGUUGGGGAAAUUCAGAAUACAAUCAGCUUAGUAUGAUCACAGACACUACCCAGGUGAAUGUACCGCGUCAUUUACCUGUGGACAGGUGUGGCAAGGUCAGCAAGGCGGUAGCGGGAGGCUCAAUGUGUGCUGUGUUAACAGAGGAAGGCUACGUCUAUGUGUGGGGAUAUGGAAUUCUCGGGAAAGGUCCAAAUUUGGAAUCAACAUCUAGUCCUGAGAAAAUUCCUCCCUCUUUGUUUGGACAGUAUGAUUUGGACGCUCAGAGUAAACUGGUGGAUAUUGCCUGUGGCAUCGGUCACUUCAUGGCCUUAUCAGAUUCUGGUAAUCUUUAUGCCUGGGGAAAGAACAGAAGCGGCUGUUUGGGAUUGUACGUACAGCGGGACCAGUUCUUCCCUCUUAAGGUGUCAAUGCCAGCAGAAACUUACUCGAUAGUUUGUGGAGUAGAUCACAACGUGGCCUUCUGUAGAUCAUUCGCGUGAUUAGUGAUUAGAUUUGUCGUAGAAUCAAUGAUUCCGGAAAUAUAACACAGGACCUGGGGGAAAAGAGGACGGAUUGAUGGAGAUACCGGUGAUGUCACAUAUUGAUGGAGAUACAGGUGAUGUCACGGAUUGAUGGAGAUACAGGUGAUGUCACAUGAUUGAUGGAGAUAUAGGUGAUGUCACGGAUUGAUGGAGAUAUAGGUGAUGUCACGGAUUGAUGGAGAUAAAGGUGAUGUCACGGAUUGAUGGAGAUACAGGUGAUGUCACAUAUUGAUGGAGAUACAGGUGAUGUCACAGGAUUGAUGGAGAUACAGGUGAUGUCACGGAUUGAUGGAGAUACAGGUGAUGUCACGGAUUGAUGGAGAUAUAGGUGAUGUCACAUGAUUGAUGGAGAUACAGGUGAUGUCACAUAUUGACCUAUGUAUUUUUCAAGCUCCAUACAUUGAUAUACAUCCAUAUCUGAAAGGCAAUAUAUGGAUAAUGUAUGAAUAUCAACUGUCACAUCGGUCCAAUUUGUACUUAAACCAUUACACAAUCAAAUGUAAGUUUCAACAGUAUGUAUAUUUGUUUGAAAUGUGAAGGGAAAAAACAUGUCUUAAUUGAGAUAUCGUGUGCUAAUUCUGACAUCACUCACUAAUUGAAACAUUACUCACUAAUUUGUGACAUCUCUGGCUAUUGUGCCAUCUCUGGCUAAUGUGACAUCUCUGGCUAUUGUGACAUCUCUCACUAAUUGUGAUAUUCACUUCAGGAUCAGAAGAUGUACCUGUUAUCCUAGGAGUAACAACAGGACAGUGAUGGAAUAUUGAGAGAAUGUGCGAGAAUUAGGUAUAAAAAAUGUGUGAUAGAAUGCGAGGUGUGAGAGAAUGCGUGUGGAUGUUGAAUGUGUAUGUGAAAGUUUGUUGUUGAGGUUUAUAUUUAUUUGUAAGAUAUAUUUGAUCAUUAAAACAGUUUUAUAGCGUGA